ACUGAGCAACCAGUUGCUCUCAAAAUCUCACUUUUUUCUUUAUUUAUCUGUUUUGUUUUGUUGAAUUUCCGCAUCGUUUCAGAUCGGGAUGGCAGAAGCCAGGCGUGAGGAGGAGGAGGAGGAAGGCCAGACAUCAGAUCGUGCUGAAAGAACCAAGCCAGAAAACCUGCGUUCCAGCCAAGGGCCUCUGUCCUCAGUACGAGCUGCUAUCAAGCGAACAAGAACAGUCUCUCAGAGGGACAACAAAGACAGGAGGCGACCACAGAUCACCAUUGUAGCAGCAGAGCCUCUGGGGAGUAACAGCUGGUUCUCAGGAUCCUCUGUGGGUUUCCCUCCUCCUCAGCCAGGCUCAUCUACCGGCAGACAGCCUGUGUCACAGCUCCCACCAUCCUAUGACCAGGUGAUUAAAGAGAAGACCCAGGAGGAACACACCGUUAAGCCCACUGCAGCCCCCCGCCGGAGCAGCUGCACAACCACAAGUGCCACACAGACCGACCCUGUGAGCCAAGACCCUGCCACCGCCAUCACACAGUGUGACACACCUCCUUUGGCUGAGAAAAGAUCUGCUGGUAAAAAGCCACAAAAACCACCAAGGCCCUCACUGCCGAAACCAGCAGACAGAAAACCUGUGACUAAAACAGACAAGAAGGUUGUGACAAAUACUGCAGCGUUCACAAACACUGAGGACCAACGUGACGCUAAGUCUGAUGAAAAACAACUUGAACAGGCAGACUCCACGUGCACCCAAUCUGUAACUGUACACUGGAACAUUCCCAUAAAUCAUCUUCCUGUUGUCCCUGAACCUGGUGAAACUCCUCCUCCAAACUCAGAUCACAGUCAACGCCCCGUUCCACGUCCUCGCACGAAAUCCCAUAAGCAAGCAAUCGAGGAGGAGGCCAAAGUUCAGACCUUGGUCGAGAUCAGUGAAAAUUUUGAGGAUAUUCAAUCUAGUAAACAAGAAGUUUCCUCAAAUAAGUAUUUAAAGGAGUUACUGGAGGUUUUUAGUUCAGAUAACGAGUGUGAGGUGAGCAGUGCCACCACCGACCAAUCCGACGAGGCCUUGCUGAGUGAAGAUGCUGUUGGCGAGAUGAACGGCAGCAACAGUCAAAGUAAUUUCCGGGCCAGGAUCCAGGCCUUUGAGAGCCAGGCUGCCAACGAGGAAGGAAAUGUGAACGAUUCUACCAGACUGCAGCUUCCUGCCAGGAAGCCAAGCAUCAGGCCCCCGGUUGCUGCUAAACCUUUUGUAUCUCUUAAACCUCAGUUUACCCCAAGUAUAGAUGAUUUCAGUCAAAACAUAUCAGCCACAAACAUCCUUAAAAACCCCACAACACCCCCGAGACCUCAGCCUCCCGAGAAACCUGGAGGUCGAUCUAUAAAGGAGGAGCUGGAGGCUUUACACAGCAGGGGGGUACAAAGAUCAUAUUCUGUAAUGGCCAGAGGCAGCCAAGUGUACGAGGAAGAACCUUCAUUUUUUCCACCUAAACCUCCAGUGAAGCCCAUUAAGGAACCACUCAAACCCAAUCUGAACAUAAACAACCACAACUCAGCCUCCAUGGUCAGAGACAAGGAGUAUGCGGAGAGUCUAAUAAAUUCAGUCCCAGUGAAACCUCUGCGUAAUGUGAACAGUAAUGGAGGCUCUGCCAUUGGACCAGUCAUUGCAAAACGACCAACCAUCAUCAGGGUCCCCAGCCAAACUGGUUCAAAUUAUUUUCAGGAUGAUGUCCCUCCUCUUCCAGUCCAGAUGCCUGUGGGCUCUCUAAACGGCUUACAGAACCACAGAAAAAGCCUGCAGUCCAGCUUGUCCCUCCAGGAGCCCUUCAGUGCUGCACCAGUGCCAUCACUCCCACCUCGAAAGCCCAGUAUGAACAAAACCCUCCCACCACGCCCACCUGCAGCCAAAACAGCCCCUGUAAGACCUCCUCAGAGCUUUAAGGCCACCGGUCGCUCUCAGUCACUGUCAUGGGAGACUUCACCUAAACCGCAGCCACAGAAGCCCCACAGGAAAGAACUCGUCUUUCCUCCAAGACCCAGCCCAGGCCACCGCCUCUACAACAAAUACACCCUUCAGCUUCCCCAUGGGAUUGCAAGCUGUGACUACAAUGGGAGUAAUUCAGGAGAGCUGUCAUUCCAGAAGAACGAAGUGCUGCUGCUGCUUAAACAAAUUAACCACAAUGAAUUUGAGUGCCAAGCUGGACAAACUAGAGGCAGAGUCCACAAGUCUCGCAUGCAGAUUAUAACUCCUCUUUCCUCAGACAUGUUUCCAUCACAGGAUGCCGAUCCAGCCAGUGGAAACAGUUACGGGCUAAAGGUGCAGGCUGUACAUGACUUCAAUCCAGAGGGCCCCGGAGAGCUGAGUCUGAGAGCAGGAGAUAUUGUGACCAUGGUGGAGAAGUUGGACAGCGAGUGGUACAGAGGCACCUGUAGGGGAUCUACUGGAUUCUUUCCCAUCAAUUAUGUGAAAGUCUUGUCAGAUUCACCAAAACCCCUCCCUGAAAGGAAACCAAGGCCACCACCUGCAAAAGCCAGUGGUCCAAGAUGUGUGGCGAGGUUCGACUUUGAGGGGGAGCAAAGCGAUGAGCUGUCGUUCUCUGAGGGUGAUGUGAUCCAGCUGAAGGAGUAUAUGGGACAAGACUGGGCACGGGGACAGAUCGGCACCCACGAAGGUAUCUUUCCCCUUAACUUUGUAGAGGUCAUCGAAGAUCUGCCUCCACCCCCAAGUCAGCAGCAGAGUGCCAAGAUGGCACUACCCGGGAUGGUUGCUGCUUCUCCCAGCAUACACCCUGAGGCUGCCAGUCCUGCUCAGGUGUCUCAGUCUAGUGUGGAAUGGGUGGUAGCUCUGUACGACUACAACGGGAAGACGGCGGACGACCUCUCCUUUCGAGAGGGUGAAUGUAUCCUGAUCACCCAGCAUCUCGAUGAUGAUUGGAGCUGUGGCAGGCUCAAUGGCAAGGAGGGCAUUUUCCCCAGGAAAUAUGUUGAGAGCAGCACAGGCCAGCAGCCAUCUAAUGGCCAGCAGAAUGGAGCUGCUGGAGGUGGGAGAGCUAGGGCUCUGUACAGCUACACAACAAACUGUGAUGAGGAGCUCUCUCUGCAGGUUGGGGAUAUCAUAACCAAUCUCGAGUCCAUAGAUGAUGAAUGGUUUUUAGGGGACUUGAGGGGGAAACGAGCCCUGGUCCCUAAAAACUAUGUUCAAGUACUGGAUUAAAGUCACAUGGCCUGCUGCUCAAUGCACAAUAUAACUAGAUGACCUGAAGCUCUAGUGACACGUUCUCAGCAGUAUAAGAUUGAACUGCUUUUAACUUGAAUGCAGUAUUUCAUCUACUAGCGUAACUUUAAGUUGACUUCAAUACGUUUACUGAAUAUCCAAUAAAAAUGCUAAAGAUG